UUUUAAAGGAUACAUUGGAAAAAAGAGGUGUUCUUGGACAAAUAAAGGCAAGGAUCAGAGCUGAAGUUUUUAAUGCACUGGAUGACCAAAGCGAACCACGGCCACCACUGUCUCAUGAAAAUCUCUUAAUCAACGAACUAAUUCGUGAAUACCUGGAAUAUAACAAAUAUAAAUACGCAGCAUCUGUUUUAACUGCAGAAUCUGGCCAGCCUGCAGUGCCCUUGGAUAGACAGUUUCUUGCCAAAGAGCUGAACAUAGCUGAAGACGCAAAUGGAAAAUCAGUACCUCUCUUGUAUGGAAUUCUCUCUCAUUUCUUACAUGGUGGUAAAGAAGGAAGUACCCAGAAUACCUUUCCAAAAGUGUCUUUGCUGAAUUAUCCAAAGCAAAACUUGGGCAAACCACCUUCUGAGAGAAGUCAGAAAGAUAGAAUUCCAGAACCAGGAAGGAUGGCUGGCACGAGCAUCGAAGAGCCCCUUGUUUUACAAA